GAAACCCUAAUCGCCGGAGUUUGGAAGGGAGGCGACAAAGAGAUAUAUUGGAAUGGCUGUCUUUAACGUGGUACAGAAGCGGAGGAGAGCCGCCAUCGCAGAGCGCAAGAGAGCAGUACACGGCGAUGCUUUUACCGGAAAGCUGAAGCAUAAGCCCCAAAACACCACUAUUUCCGGUAAACGUAAGCGCAAGCUUCUCAAAAAAUGGCGCCGGGACCAGAAGGAGGCAGUGGAAAAGGGGCUUAUUACCAUGGAAGAUAUCGAGAUGGCUGUUGCAGAUGGAUCAGGGACAUCAUCUCAAGAUGCCAAUAAAUCUCCAGUACAAUUCAGCAUGAAAAAGUCUCUGAAAAUUAGACCAAAGCGAUCAAACAAGAAAGGUAAGAAGAACAAAAGAAAAUCAGAUAAGCCGGUCAAGGAGGCUUCUUCAUCAGAUGUGAUGGUGGAGUGAUUGAUUAGAAGAGGCUACUAUUCGAUAUCUCGCUGUUACUUUCAAAACUGGUUAAUGCAGCCAUUAGAUGUUUGUAGAAUGUUGGCUACGCAAAGUUAUUUUUUUUCCCAAUUGAAUAUGUAAGAAUGUUGAAACUACUGAAGUUAGAAGUACUGUUUUACUAGUUAGUUAAUGAGAUCCAUUGUGUGAGAUUUAUGUUGGUCUUUGGAAAACAUGUUUUGUAUAAUAGAAAACAGAGCACAUAAGUUGACAUU